AUGUCUCACUUUCCACCUUGCCGUCAUCCUCCACCAGUCAGAUCCAUUAGGUCCACCGCCCCCCAACUGAUCCACCAACGUUCUCUCUCUCUCUCUCUCUCUCUCUCUCUCGUUGCUCGUCGUGAGCUUUCUCUAUCUGUCCUACCUCUUUGCUCAUCCGGCCUGCCCGAGGCCGAGCAAGAGAGAGAGAUAGACUCACAGCUAGGCCUGAUAAGGUUGGCUGGUUUCGCCCAACUCCUCUCCUGUUGUCGUGUCUAUCGAUUCCCUUUGCAGAUUUUCGUGUAUGCCAGUCGAAGCUGUGUUUUAUCUACCAGCCUCAGACAUGUGCACAUGACGCCCGACUCGGUGUUUGUGUGCCUGCGUUCUGAAUCGAGGGAAGUGAUCGUCUCGUCAAUUGCCUCGGUGACGUGGGCCAAUCGGUGGGCCAACCUCGACGGACACGCGAACUCACCGACGCCAUUCGAGACGUUCCAACUUCAACGCCAACUUCAGCAUCGAAAGAGCGCCAUCUGCCGGCCUGUCACGACUUGGAGGUCCGAUUCAUGUGGAAUACUUAUCCCAGUGCCUUGGGCUGACGUACACUUUGUUCUGGAUUGUAAGACGGCGCCGACUGUACAGCAGUGCUCAAACUCGAGGAUUACGCGUGUAGUUGUGUCACUCCGCUCCUCCUCCUCCUCCUCCUUUUUACCCCUUCUCCUACACCUCCACGUCUGCACUCCACGUCUGCACAACUCCCCAAGUGCCAUUCUGCCUCCCGGACUCAAGGGGUGGCCAUCUGCCCGUCGUCUCACUGGUUCUGUGAGAGAUGAGCUUUUCGGUUCGCUCCGAUGCUACUCGAUCGGUGAGUUGACUCCCCCAGUUUUGUCAUGUACUUUCUAUUCUGCUGUAGCUACUGCACUGCCUUAUUUCACUUUGGCAGAAAUGCCCAUUCACCCUCGAAGCCCUCUUCUCAUCGUACUCAUCUCUCGUUUCACUUGA